AUGAUAUCCGAGGCAACCUCCAGGACGACAAAAGCAGGCCAUCUUCUUGCACAUGUGCUCCGUCGAAAACCGGUGGUUUUUGUUCUGUUGGCGAUAACCCUAAUCGCUCUGUACCCAGCAGGCUCGCCAUUUCUCCUUCCCGCGAGCACGCCGCUGAGCCCGUCCACUAGUGAGCUUCUUCCACGACCAACACUAGCAGCAAGCCUCUCAGCAAGUGAUCUCCUCUCGCGCCGUGUAUCGAGUGAUAGAACGUCCAUUCCCAAACUCAUCCACCAGACAUGGUUCCCCGCGGGAAGCAACAUGUCGGCCUCAGCGCAGGCUUGGGUGCAGACUAUGAGAGAGCAGAAUUCCGACUGGGAGUAUGUCCUCUGGGAUGAUGUGACCAAUGAGUUGCUGGUCGAGCAGUACUUUCCGUGGUUUCUGGAGACGUAUCGCUCUCUGCCGAAGGAGAUUAACCGCGCAGAUAUGGCGAGGAAUUUCUAUAUGUAUUUGUUUGGAGGAAUGUACGCCGACGUUGACACCGAAGCCCUUCGUCCCGUGAACGCACUGUUCGCCGCGCACGAAGUCCCUCUCAGACGACAUCUGGACAUGCUUUCUGCUCCAGACGCAGUGUCUGAUGUCCAGAGAGCAUUUAUGGGUCGUAUGGCACAUACAUUCGACCCUGAUGGUCUCGGCGCGGUUCCCAAUGGCUGGAUGGCCUCUCCCCCAGGCCACCCGUUCUGGCUCUUGCCGGUGCUGUACGUCCUCGAGAACCCGAAAGGCGACGGGAGCGUCGAAGGGAUGACGGGCCCAGGCAUCCUCGGGCCGCUGAUAAAGCAGUACUAUAGCUCUCUCACCAGCAGCGACGGCGGGAUCUCGCUGCGGCGGCAGCUCUGCGCACGGGUCCAGAGUAUCCAGCCUGGUUGGGAUCUGUUCUGUCCGAGCGGGUAUAGUCUGGACGAGACACCAGAGAGCAUGCAAAGCUUGAGCCAUGCAUUGAUUCUAUUGCCCCGGGAGCAGGUUUAUCCGUUUAGCUGGGUGGAUGACGGUGAUGUCAAGGUUUGUCUGGGGGCCAAGGGGAAUCCGCAAUUUGAUGCGGAUAAGUGUAAGAAGCGGAUGGGGGUGGAUCUGUGGCCGAGUUACUUUAUUACGUAUUGCACGCAUACCUGGUAG